AUGUCCACACCACACCUCUCUCCUUCCAGCUCUAGAGUGAGCAGCCGCAACAGCAGCAGGUCGCGGGCAAACGGUGCAUCGACAGCCGUCAACGGGUCGAGCUACCGGGUGUCGCCGUCCCCUGCGCCGCCGCCAGCCUCGGAGCGCAUCGCCAACCCGGGUUCCUAUAGAGUUCCUCCUCAGUCAGCCGACUUGUCUCGCCUGGUCGCCUCGGACCCGCUCGCCCGCGAGCUCGAGGGCAUGUAG